AUGCAUGAAAACUUGGCAUCCAGUUUCUGCCAGGAGUACCCGCGUUUCGAGAUCAUAUUCUCCGUUGCACAAUCAACCGAUCCAGCCAUCGAUGUCGUCCUUGAUCUCAUGAAAAAAUACCCGGACGUCGAUGCUCGUCUCAUUAUCGGCGAGAGGAACGUUGGCAUUAACCCAAAGAUCAACAAUAUGAUCCGGUCGUACGAGUCGGCCAAGUAUGACAUUCUCUGGAUUCAAGAUUCGAAUGUCUAUGUCGACCCGGGAUGCAUGGGACGGUCAGUCGACAAGAUGAUGCAACCAGGUGUAGGACUCGUCCAUCAUCUUCCAGUCGGUGUGCAGCCUAAGUCGCUGGGAUCGGAACUAGAACUCAUGUUCUUGGACACUGUCCAUGCUAAGAUGUACCUCUUUAUCAACUGGACUGGGCUGGCCUCAUGUGUUGUUGGCAAGUCGAGUCUGUACAGGCGUUCGGAUCUGGACAAGGUUGGAGGAUUGGCUAGGUUCGGAAAGUACAUGGCAGAGGACAACCUGGUGGCGACAGAGAUCUUCAACAUGGGUUAUAAGCAUGAGAUGACCAGCGACUUGGCGCACCAGACACUUGGAUCGAUGACGACCUCGGACUACUUUUUGAGACGGGCGCGAUGGACCAGGAUCCGCAAGUAUACGGUGACAGCGGCGACAGUGGUGGAACCCUUUAUUGAGAUGAUUGGCUGUGGAUUGGUGGCGUCGUAUGGGUUCAACCUGUUGUGGCAGACACAUUUUUUGAACUUUUUGGCGUUUCAUAUUGUCUGUUGGUUCUUGGUCGAUCUGUCGAUGUACCAGGCGCUGUCGGGUGAGAAGGUCGAAAACCUGAGGGGAUUCCUCAUGGCUUGGUCACUACGGGAGUUGGCGGCUUUGCCGUUGUUUGCCUAUGCUGUUGCAGGAUCGACGGUUGACUGGCGUGAUCAGACAUUCGUGCUGCUCAGGGACGCGACUGUUCGACCCCUGACUCCCCCUCCCUCUGCUUCUGCUUCUGGCUCGACUUUGACAUCCUCGACAACACCACCCAUUUCGCCAUCAACCUCGACCUCAUUUGCCAACAUCGCGAACACAGUUGUACCGUCUUCAACACAGGCGUCCUUAAGAAGCUUUUUCCGUCGGCCUGCUGUGAUCUCGUUCGUCAGCAGUACUCUGGCUGUGAUCCACUUUGUGGUGGAUAUUCUGAUCAAGAGUCAGCGGAACGGAAACAUGGAUGAGGAGGAAGAUGAGGACGAGGAAGACGAUAUGGAGGAGGAGGUGGAAGGAGUAGAGAUAAUGAUGGAGGAAACAAGCAGCCCUGCAACAUCUUCAACAUCGUUAGGCAAGGGACGUCGGCCAAAGUUGUCGUUGACGCGAGCAAAGAGCGAGAGCGCACACAGCAGCAAGGAUAUGGUUCGGGAUUCCGAGAUGGCCGGAGAAACCGUUUUGAGGCGGAGUAGUCGGCUGAAAAUGCUCAACUCCAAGGUGCAUUCCGCCGAUCCUAUCAUUGUCGGACAAGAUCAGGAUCAGGAAGAUGGAUUGCGGUCAGUGGGAGGAGAGGGAGAUAGACGGGAGCUGAGGAGCGGUACGAGUCGUCGGCGUCUUUCUGCAGAGGAGGAUGCGUUGUCCAAGGCGGUGGAGUCAUACCUUUCGGAUUCGUUGAGUCGUCGUCGCCAUCGUGGUGGCAGUCUAAGGAUCCGUCGGGCAAUUUCGAGCUCUUCCGUGGGAUCCUCUAAAUCGUCCAAGUCCUCUCAAUUCGCCUGA